GCAACAGCGAGUAUGUUCUCACUCAAGUGAAUAAACAGAUACAUAAGUAGAUUAACCGAUUGGUUGAUUUUUUUUUUUUUUUUUUUCAACAGCCGCCGCCCCUCCGCGUUGCGAACUUUCCUCCGAUUAUGCUCCCUUUAUAUGUUCAUACCAACGGGGAAGUGUCCCCUUCGCUACCCCCCCCCUCCUCAUGCACACCCUGCGACACGCUAAUAUAGGAAGAAGAAGCAGAAGCAGAGGAAGAAAAAAGGACCUACCUCGUGGGGGAAGAAAUGCAAAAGGGACAUGGGAGAGGAGGAAAAAUGCGUAUGCCACUCAGCUAACAAGUGGCAGGAAAGUAACCACACACAGAGAGAAAGGUAUUUACUAGGAUGGAAGAGACGCAGCACAACCGCAUGGUAGAAUCAGAGAGCAGCAUGAUAGAACCCCAAGAGGAGGAACAACAAUGCGGGUUUUCACCACUCUAGUCCUGCUUUUUUGUCUACUAAGACUCAGCAUAACGACGGAGGCAUACCUUAGCAACCGCGCGGUCAAGGUGAAUUCCGCCCUGUACGCAGUGAGGAAGAAGAAGAAAAAAAAAAUCACGAAGAUGAUUCACAUUACUGUGAGCGCCGACAAUGAAAUAGGAACAAAAGGAGAAAUAAAAAAGGUGAAGCUCUCUCACGCCUUCAACUAUAUCAUACCGCAGAAACUGGGUUACAGAAGCACCAUCGAUGAGCUGGUCGAAAAGGAGAAGACUGAAAACACGCUCAAGUACAUUGACGAAAUUAAAAGGAGUUUUCUAUGGACGUACAAAAAGAAGCUUGACGGAUUUAACGUUCCCUUCCAGUUUGCUGAGGGGCAAAAGGUCCUCGUCACCCAAGACGAUAUCCUGCACUAUCUCCUAACCCGGGGGUUAAUCCGCGAAAACGACGACGUGUACGAUAAGAUAAAAAGCAAAAAGGUGAAGCUCGACGACGUUGGAAGCUACCCGAUGAAGUACACCUUUAUGAACAGCCUCCACAUCGACCUCACUGUACACGUGAUGAAGGUCAAGUGA